GAUACCAAGGAACAUCCAAUAUCGAAGUGGUCUCGCUUGUUGUGUACAGUGUUAGUUGUAGUCUGCUGAAGCCAAGGUUAGAAGCGGUGAUACAAAUGCAAUCUGGCACAGCCGACAUUAGAUUUUGAGCAUCAUUUUCCAAAAUGAUGUCGAGAUCCGUAAGAGCUGAAACCCGAAGCCGAGCUAAAGAUGACAUUAAACGUGUCAUGCAAGUCGUCGACAAAGUUCGACAUUGGGAAAAGAAAUGGGUGACUAUAGGAGACACAACUAUGAAAAUCUACAAAUGGGUCCCAGUUUCCAGUAGUGAACAGAAAAAGAAGAUGAAAGACCACAACAAAGAGAACACACCUUCACGGAAAGCAGCCCUGGAUUCCUCAAAUUCCAACUUUGGACUUGAAGAUUCUAACACAUGUUUUUCUGUUGUUAGUGAUUCUCAAGGGCCCACAGACUUCUCUGCUCAGCUCGGUUUUUCUGAAGACUCAAACUCUCAGAGCAGUGAACCAAGCAGCAAACGAACAAAAACUGAAUGAAUAUGGACUGGUUGCUGCACCCCAAAGAUGUGGUCACACACUUGUUUGUGCUGCUUUCAAAAGUGAAUCGACAGAUAUUAUUUGCACUAUGUUGUAUUUCCAAACUAUUAGAUGCAAUAUUUGCAAGUGAUAUACCUAUUUUCUAUUGGAAGCUCUUCCUGUUGAUUAUAUGAUUUCUUAGCCUUCUUGUGAGAGAAUGAGAACAGUUCAAACAUUUGCUUUGCAAGCAAUACUUAAUCUGUGAAUAAUUACUUUCCUGGCACAUGCUUGUGCCUGUUGUAUUUAUACUUUCUGUGGCAUUAGUCAUAACAUAUUGACCUGUGGAACAUCUAUGUAUGAGAAACAUGCUGCAAUGUUUGUGUGUCUUUUUUUAUGCAAUAUUAGAUCUGUAAAUAUAUAUCUUUUGCCUGGAA